AUGGGAAGGCAGCUUGUAAUUCCAGCAAUAUCGCUCAAAGCCUUUGAGGCCCGCAAAGAACAGAUCACCAAGGAGCUGGUCGAAGCUGCUGAGGGUGCUGGCUUCUUCACACUGGUGGACCAUGGCAUCAGUGUCGAUGAGAUCAACAGGCAAUUUGCCAUUUCCGAGGCCUUUUUCAAGCUACCACAAGAGGUGAAGGCCCAGAUCCCCCAUGAUCUUUACACAAACAAUGGAUGGGAGUACAAAUCGCAAAUCCGCCCAAGCACCGGCCAAGCCGAUCAAAAAGAGUCUUUUUGGCUACAGCGCAAUUCUCAGUGGCCCUCGGAUGAACUUGUGCCAGGAUUCCACGAUGCAACUAAGAGCUUCAUAUCCAAGUGCGAACAAAUCUCGAAGCAAGUCCUCGCAUGCCUCUCGCUAGCUCUCGGUUUCCCAGAGGAUCACCUAAACAACGCCAUGGAUGUUGAGGCGCCUGACAACCUCACCCAAAUGCGCAUGAUCCACUACAUGGCCUCCGAAAAUGCGGUGGGAACCUGGAGGGCCGGGAAUCAUACCGAUAUUGGAUGUCUCACCUUGUUGUUCCAGCGAGACGGUGAGGAUGGCUUAGAGGUCUGCCCCGGCCGGGAGAGCCAUAAUGACUUUGCUAUCGGUGAUGACUUCUCACCGUUGCCGGCGCACACAGGACCUAUCGUGGUUAAUAUCGGCGACAUGCUGAUGGCCUGGUCAGAUGACCGUCUCAAAGCCAACUUCCACCGCGUCCGUGCCAAAGAAGUGGGCAAAAGCCCCGAUCGCUAUUCUAUUGCCUAUUUCAAUACUGGCAGAAGGAAUGUCGUGAUGCAGGGUCCUCUAAAGAAAUACCCCGCCAUGACCUGCGGUGACUACUUUCUUCAGAAAACCAAGAUCCAAUUCGGCCAUAACUUCAAUAAACAAAGCACGGCCACAACUUAG